AUGAUCCAACUUCUCCAACUAACCCUCACCCUCCUCACCCUAACCUUGCUCAUCCUCCUUGUCCGAGCAAUCUACCACUCCUGGAAACGCAUCAAGACCGAAGCCAAAGCCCAGCUCCACGACCGCCAUCCGAACUUCCACAUCUCACGUGAUGGUGCCUGUCUGAACCUCAAAGAGAAAGGUACCGAGGCCUACCACGACAAAACCCAGAAGUGGGUCGUCAAGGCAUUGGAUGCUGCCGCCGAGACGUGGGCUGCUGAGAAAGAAGAAGGGAAGACUUCGAAAAGGAGGAAGCUUCUUGGGAAGUUGAAGCACGGGGCGGCGAAGGACUAA